CUGUUUUCAAACAAGGUUUGUGACCUAUCUACAGAUGAAUUAUGGCUUCGCGGCAUGUUCCCUACACAGAUAUUUCAGAUAUGGGACGGGCAGCGCAGGAGACUGAAAUACAGCGUGCUGCCAAUCAACAGCUUAUUGAAGAAGGUAGAAUAAUUAAGCACAAGGAGCUUGAAAAAAUGAGACGCGAAGAGGAAAGUAAGGAUGACAGUAGUAGUGAGCGUCCUGACGUUAUCAUUAAAAUUAAUAAUGGAAGCACUUCACGCCUGAGUAGUCAGCGUUCUUCGGCCGAUUUAGCAUCAUCAAUCAGCUCAAGGAAUUUGGAUGCACGUGAGCUACGAGCCCAGUUACUGCAGUUGGAAGAAAAGGUUAAGGGGGCAAUGUUAUCAAAUGUUCAACUAGACAAUGAUAAACAACUUUUGAAGUAUGAAGUUGAUUUGCUCAAAGAUAAAUUGGAAGAUCUUACAGAUGCUUAUGCUUCUUUGAACAAAAUCUUCUUAGAAAACAAACGGGAAUUGGCGUACCAAAAAAUGCAAAUUGUUGAAUUAACACAUCGUUUGGAUUAUGCACGUCAUCAAAUAGAGGCACGUGAUCAACUAAUUGUUGAACAUGGUUUAGUAUUAAUUGGUGGCACAAAUGUAGAUGACAAUCCGACGUCUAACAUGGAGGAGUUAACAGCAACCAAUGCACAUAUGUCAUCUACGAAUAAGGGAAAAUUCACGAGUAAUGAUAGUAAUUUAGUAAUGAUGAAUGGUUUAUCCAAUAAUAAUAAUAAUCAUUCAAAAUCAAACUCAUUGAUACAUCAAAAUGGUGAUAAAUCAUCAAAUCAUUUACCCGAAAUGGUUCUUAUCACAAAAUCGACAGCAGAACUCUUAAAUACUUUAUCUGAAACAACAUUAGAUAAGCAAAUUCAACAGUUGUUUAGUAUGCGAUCCGAAUUAGAUGCGCGAGUUGAAGAAUUAGAAUCUCAGUUAAGAGAAGAACGUAAACGCUUCGAGGCUCCAACUACACGUUAUGAUUCAAAGAAUCGUACAAAUAUAGCAAAUGCAGAAGAUAUUAAACAUGAACUACAACAAAGUCGUAAUCAAGCUCAAGAAUAUAAACUGAAAUUUCAUGAAUCAUCUCAGAAGAUAUCAGCUCUUGAAAGCGAUAUUGUGCGUUUGGAAGGUCAAACUAAACGAUAUAAAGCCAUAGCUGAUGCUUGUGAAGAACAAGAAGAAAUUUUAAAACAAGAUCGAAGAAAAUGUCAACGUGAGCUGAGAGAGGUUCAAUCAAAACUGGAAGAUCUUAAGGCAGAGAAUGCUAGACUGCAACGGGUUGUGGAUAAAUAUAAUCGAGGUUCUACUAUUCCAGGUAGUUUGGCACCUGGUACUAGCAGUACUAUACGUCAGGCUCAUGAUUCUUCUGUCAAUAGAUAG